CCCUUGCCCCCCACACCUCAGAAGUCUGUUACGUUCUGCGCUCACUACAAACACGAGAGACACAAACGUACAGACAAACGCAAACAGAUCGACAAACAUAUUGAACAAUACCACUCGGACCCGGAAAAACCGCAGACUGAAAUCAAAAAGACACCGAAAGACGACGACGUCAGAUACUAUUCGGAACCGGACGCGAAGUAUUUUGAGAUCGACUAUGAGUUCCUCAAAGAGUUGCGUCAGAUCGCUAGAAAUAACUGCCCGAAAUGUCGCCGAAGAUCCAAGAAGGUCGACAAUACGAAAAGAUAUAGAGAAAAGAGACAGAAAGAGAGAAGAAGAGGCGAAGAGAACUACGUUUUGUGCAACGGGAGGUAUCACAGCGCCCGGCAACAUUGCAGAUUCUGUUGCAAAAUCUGCAAUCGAUCGACAGACACGCUCGACUCCUUCGACGACGAAUAUUCGUUCGUUUCGAAAAGUUACAGCUUCCCGUCGAGCAGAACUACUAGUUCUCGAUCGAGAUCGACCCCGAGCAAAUUCAAGGAAAGAAAGAAUUCGAUACAAUCGAAUAAAUCCGUGUCGUUCUUGGAGUCCAGUAACGAGGAAUCGAUGAAAGACGAACCGAAUUACACGGCGAAGAGUUUCACGAAUGAUCUGAAGAAGUUCUUACUUAAACCGUCCUCGCCUCGACUCAGUUUGAGGGAGAAGUUUAUGAUCAGUUUCAAACAGGAGUUGGAGGCGACGAAAAAGUCACCGAAGUUGAAAGCUAUUAAGGGGUUAUGGAAAUCUUAUUAAAUGUAUUACGGAAGCGAAGAUUACAACAUUUUGGUAUGUUUAACUCGAAUUUUCUAUUAUAUCUUGUGCGAUUGUCCAUUCAGGUCGAUUUACAUUUUUUUUCAGUGAUUAGAUUCGUAAUGAAAAUGUAUUUUUCUUGACUUUUCUCAAUUCUUGGUGCUGUGUUCUGUUGUGUUUUUUAAUUUAUACGAUAACUACUAAAGUGUUCAUAUUGGUCUAAACGUAGCAACGUAGGUGCUAACCUAUAUAUACCCGUCCUUGUUUAUUUAUCUUUCUAUUUAUUGGAACUUACGGAUUAGACGUUAGCGGUUCCUUCCAGAGACGCUUUCGUAGGAAUAAGUCAAUAUUGCUGAAAUGUCGUCUUUGUGACAUUCAAGUUAAAGUGCAUUUUACAAUGUACAUCAACGUGUUUUGUUAAGUCGGUUUGAAUUUAAAUGCUAGAUAGCUAAAGUUUUAAAUCUAGCCCUAAUGAGUGAAAGGGACGCAGUUAUUGGGAAAGAAAGAGCAAAUAGAAUCUUUACUCUUAAAACUUUAUGGUAUCGUGAAAAGAUGUUUAAUCUUUUUAUCUGUAGUAGAAAUCGCGUAGAUUUAGUAAUAAAGGUCUAAAUAAAUAAUUUAACAUUUUGAAGAUUUGGAUUAUUGUAGUUGCUCCAAUAAUUUAACGAUUUAAUUAAAAUGUCGAUAUUGCGAUAGCGGUUUUCAAUGAUUUUAUUAUCAUGAUGAAAUUUCCUUGUUACAAUAUGACAUCAUUGAAAUAAAACUGUCCUAGUCUCGACAUAAAAAAUGUAUAAUGGCUACUACAAAAUCCUCGGAAGUAUUAGAAAAAGAACAAAAUUUAAGACAUUGGAUCUCAGAAAACACAAAAAUGCAUUGUAGUGUAGAUUAGAUUUGUGGUAGUUAUCUAGGGAACAAUAGACAACUUUUGUUGUAUAGAUGUUUGUAUACUCUGUUAGCUUUAGGAAUGGCAUUUUUGCGUUUUACUAAAAUCUGUGUCAACUUGUGUAAUCCGUUUAGUAAAAUGCAAAAA